AUGGCGACGCCCAGUAUCGGGAAGAACGACAGGCAUUGUUGCGUUCCUCUGUGUAACGGCAACGGUCGCUUACGCCCAGAAUUGUCUUUCCACAAAUUCCCAAGCAAUGAAAUUGUCAGGAAAUUAUGGAUUCAAGCCAUAAGGAGGGACCCUGGACCCCUUUUUAACGUCAAGGAAGCUGUUGUUUGUUCACGGCAUUUUAAAGCAGAGGACUAUAAAUGGACACCAGUAAGGACAACUCUGAGACCUGGUAGUGUUCCCUCUACUUUCAACGGGACCAAGAAUUCAACGCUAAGGAGACCAAUCAUUAAAAAUCCACUCCCCGAAAAACUGCAGAAAACUGACAAGGAUGGUAUUGCAGAGGCACUGGCUCCAUCUGAUGAUAAUUUGCUUAAUGAAAAUUGUUGCCCCCCAGUAGAAGAUUCAUCUUCUGUGUCCUCAGACAGCGACAGAAUCAAAAUGCUGGAAAGCAUGUUAAGAGAAAGGGACGAGAGCAUUGCCAGACUCCAGCAGAAACUUGACAUCGAGAGAUUUGGGGUGGAGCGUUUUUCAAAAGACAAUUCAACGAUCAUGUUCUAUACUGGUUUCAUGACUUUUUCUAUUUUUACUGCAGUAUUUGAAUUUAUCAAACCAGCAGCAAGCUCCAUGACAAGCUAUUACUAUCGAGUUUCAGCCAAUGCAAAUCCCAACUUGACUGGCAGACAAAGAAAUAUGCUGCUGAUUGAUGAAUUUUUCAUGUUUUUGAGUCGCCUCAAAUGUGGUCUUAUGGAACAAGAUCUAGCAGUUAGAUUUAACUGCCAUAUCUCCACGUAUGGUUGGGUCCAUAAAUCAGAUAUGGACAGUGGCAAACAUGUUAACUCUGUUUAG